CUUUGCAGAGGAAUGUUUAGACAGAGAAAAAUUUGGACGCGUGUGGCUGAAGGUGAGUUUCCUUACCAGGUGUCACUGCAGCUGGUCUUCUCAGGUAGCCGUGUACACAACUGUGGUGGCUCCAUCCUCACCAGCAAUGCUGUCCUCACGGCUGCACAUUGUGCUAUCGACUCUGGAUCCUUAGUUGCUGUGGCUGGAGAAUACGACUUGGCUAGCAAUGAUGGGAGCGAGCAGGAGAUACAAGUCGCAGACCAGAUCGUGCAUCCCGACUACACUGGAGACGUAGCUCCACACGAUAUUGCUGUCUUCACCCUGCAGUCCUCACUGUCUCUGGGCACAUACGUGCAGACCAUCAGUUUGCCCACUGCUGGUUCAAUCCCUGCAGAGUCUAUUUACGGAGAUCCGACGGAGACUGUCCUACAGACAGUUGAUGUCACAGUCAUCGGCUAUGAAACUUGCAGACAAAAUAUUGAUGACAUAUAUUCGGGCCCGAACCCACUUACAGAGACUAUGGUCUGCACGGGACCCAUCUAUGAUGGCAUCUCUGUCUGCUUUGGUGAUUCUGGAGGCCCCCUGGCGCAGAACGGUGAGCUCAUCGGUGUUGUGUCCUGGGGAAUGAUGCCGUGUGGUACUCAAGGUGCUCCAUCUGUCUUCACCAGAGUGUCUGCAUACCUGGACUUUAUCAAUCAAAAUAUAUGAAGGGCCACAGCUCAUCUCACAUGGCACAACAUACGUAAAUUUACUAAAUUAUGUCCACAGGCAGCACUUCAGCUCAAUUCUACAUUACUAUUGUGCUAACUGGACCUCAAUUUCAAACAUUGAUGAUAGUAAAAGUACCAUUCCAAAACCA